GAGAUACAUAGUGAGAGAAAGAGGCAGACUCUUCAGUAGUGAAGUGUGAAGUGUGAAGUGAUUAAAAAAUUUAGAUUUGUGCAUUUUGUACAGGAGGAAGGUAUGUCUUGCACUCAGUCACUGGGUCUCACUCUCACGUUCUUCGGCACCGUCCUUCUGAUUAUUCUCUCAGCCUCCGUCGAUGGCCAGCGCAAUCCGAGGCCCAUCAUCUUCAACUUUGGGGACUCCAACUCGGACACCGGUGGACUUGUCGCUGGACUUGGCUUCUCCAUCAACCCCCCCUACGGCCGUACUUUCUUCCGCAGAUCAACCGGCCGCCUCUCCGACGGCCGCCUCGUCCUCGACCUCCUCUGCCAAAGCUUGAAUGGAAAUCUGUUGAGUCCAUACCUAGACUCUCUGGCAGGGUCGAGGUUCACAAAUGGAGCCAACUUUGCAGUUGUCGGGUCCUCUACCCUUCCGAAACGUGUCCCGUUUUCGUUGAAUAUUCAGGUCAUGCAGUUCAUCCAUUUCAAGGCUACUGCAGGUUCAAAACAUUUGAUAAGUGAUGAAGGUUUCCGGAAAGCACUUUACAUGAUCGAUAUUGGACAAAAUGAUCUUGCUGAUUCGUUUGGUAAAAACCUUUCGUACGCUGAAGUGACGAAGAGAAUCCCAUCAGUUAUUGCAGCAAUCAAGAGCGCCGUUCAGGCUUUAUAUGAUCACGGUGGGAGGAACUUUUGGAUACACAAUACCGGGCCAUUGGGUUGUCUCCCUCAAAAGCUUUCGCUAGUCCAGAAGAAGGAUUUGGAUCUAUAUGGAUGUCUUUCAAGUUACAACGCGGCUGCGAGGUUGUUCAACGAAGGAUUGCGCCAUCUAUGCAAUGGGAUGAGACCUCAAUUAAAGGGUGUUACUAUAGUUUAUGUAGAUGUAUACGCCAUCAAGUAUGAUCUCAUUGCCAACUCCGCGAAAUACGGUUUCUCUAGCCCGCUAAUGGCAUGCUGCGGCAAUGGAGGCCCUCCGUACAACUACAACAUCGGUUUGACAUGUGGUCAUCCUGGUUCUAAUGUUUGCGAUGAAGGAUCCCGAUACGUGAGCUGGGAUGGAAUUCAUUUCACCGAAGCUGCAAACACAAUAGUAGCCUCGAAAAUACUUUCCACAAAAUAUUCCACGCCAAGCAUUCCAUUUGAUUUCUUUUGUCGCGGUUAGUCAGUUGUAGAAAACUAGUAGUAGUGUAAUUGCCUGCGCAAGUCUUGAACUUCUUAGUGGGUUUGUUUCCACUUCUCUUUGUACUUUAUUUUCUAAGACUCAAGGGAGUGAAAAGAGUGUUGAUGCAAGCGUGCCGGGCUGAAACUACAACGGCUUCACAGAUGACCGAUACGAAGUUGCCAAAUUGACCCAA